UAGCGUUGCUCUUUUCGAAUGUGGUGAAGCAUUGUCAUAAAUGGAAACAAGAAUUUUAUUUUAAAAAUAUGUAAACCAAUUAUUGUUUUAUUUUUCAUUAUUGUAUUCUGAAAAGGAGAUAUUUAUGACUGGGGUACUUACGAAGAUCUGGAUGGUCGCCAAGGGUUAUCGCCAAGUAGUAAACAAAGCGACCUAAGAGUAUUGGAUGGUGAAUCUUCUGAAAAUAAAUUCAGAAAUCAAAACCUAAAGUAGGCAUUUUUUCUUCUAGUGUUAUUACAAGAAAAAUGUUUACUAUGUUGGAAAGCAGUGUUUGGAAAGCAAUUUGGAAAAAAGUAACACAGCCUCAUACAUUAAUGAUAGAUGUUUUAUGACCUUGGAAACCAAUCUGGAUUUGCUGAAAUAUCUCUUAAAAAAUGAAAAUGUAUUUAAAAAGUUUAUGUGAAUUCUGGUUCAAUGUGGCAGUAUUUUUGAAUUUCCGAUUUGUUUGUAAAAUAUUUUUUUGAUCAGUUUCAUUUUGUACAAACAAUUCUGUAAAAUAUUCUUUUUCCUGAAUUGAUUUGAAAUUUAUGCAAAUUUGGAUUCAUUAAAAGCUAUCUAUGCAAAUCCCCUUUUUAAUUGAAACAGCUCAUUUUCUACAAUAAUGAGAAGCAUUUCUUUGUUAAUGUUAUUUUUAUUGUAUGGAAUCUUUCAACUGAAGGCACAAAGGAAUUUUUUCUAGAAAAUCUAAGUAUAUGCUUUUGUGAAAAACCAGUUGCAAAAUUAUUAUUAUUAAUAUGCAAAUUAUUAUUUAUAUGCAAUAGUUAAAAAAAUUUUCCUCAAAAAGAAAUAUUUUAUAUCAACAAAGGAAUUUCUGUCUAUGAGAUGGAUAACCAAAUAUAUUUCAAAAAAAGAUGGUUGAAAGAACAUUAUCAGUUUUCCAUUAAUGAAAAAUCUUAUAUAUGUGAAGCACAUGGAGAUUCACCUGCUUGUAAAAAUUUUGAGAUUACUUAUAUUCAUAAUGAUGAUAAGUGGUUCAAAUGUAAACUUUGUGAAAAGUUAUUUUGUACAGAGUUCACUUUAAAAGCUCAUUCAUGCAUUCGGUCAAAUUCUAAAGCUUACACAAACAAUGUAUGCAACAAAACAUCUUCUCAGGAAAAUGGUUCAAAGGUUCACAAAAAAAUUCACUCAAAUAAUAAACCUUAUUCUUGUGAUGUAUGUGGUAAGACAUUUAUUUGGAUGCCCAGUUUAAUUAGUCAUAAACAUACUCAUACAAAUGAAAAACCUUAUACAUGUGAUGAAUGUAACAAGGAUUAUCCAACUAAGGAUGCUUUGAAUAAGCAUUAUCGUUUUCAUCAUAAAGCCGAAAAACCUUACUCUUGCGAUGUGUGUGAAAAGUCAUUUUCAACUAAAAGUCUUCUGAAUGAACAUUUUCGUAUUCAUACAAAGGAAAAACCUUACUCAUGUGAUGUGUGUAAGAAGGCAUAUCCAGUUAAGAGUAUGCUGGAUACACAUUAUCGUAUUCAUGCAAAUGAAAGACCUUACUCAUGUGAUAAUUGCCAUAAACUAUUCAAUCUUAAAGGUUUAAAUGACCAUUAUUGUCCUGGUCAUAAAAAUGAAGAAUCUUAUUCUUGUAAUGUGUGUGAAAAGCCAUUUUCAUCCAAGCAAAUACUGCAUAAACAUUAUCAAACUAUUCAUGAAAAUAAAAGACCUUAUUCUUGUGAUGUGUGUAAAAAAACAUUUGCUACUAAGGAAGUACUGAAUACACAUAAUCUUAUUCAUACUAAUGAAAAACCCUUUUCAUGUGAUUUAUGUAAAAGGGCAUUUAGAGCAAAACGUUUAUUAAAUAGACAUAAUCAAAUAAUUCAUAAAAAUGAAAAACCAUAUUCUUGUGAUGUUUGUAAAAAGGCAUUUUCAACUAAGUAUUUAUUGAGUGUUCAUAAUUAUGUUCACACAAACGAAGGGCCUUACUUUUGUGAUGUGUGUAAUAAGGAAUUUUCAUGUAAACAAAACCGGAAUAAGCAUCAAAAUAUUCAUAAAAAUGAAAAAUCUUAUUCUUGUGAUGUGUGUGAAAAGGCAUUUUUAUUUAAGCAUGAUUUGAAUACACAUAAACGCAUUCACACAAAUGAAAGACCUUUCUCAUGUGAUGCAUGUGACAAGUCAUUCGUUCAGAGAGGUCAUUUAAUUACUCAUUAUCGCAGUAUUCAUGAAAAGGAAAGACCUUACUCUUGUGAUGUAUGUAAAAAAGCAUAUUCAUCUAAGCAAAUAUUGAAUAAACAUAAUCAAAUUGUUCAUAAACAUGAAAGACCUUACUCUUGUGAUGUAUGUAAAAAAACAUUUACUGCAAAGAAUGUACUGAAAAAACAUUAUCGUGCUCUUCAUACAGAAGAAGACCCUGAUGACCCAACAAAACAGCGCAGUCCAUAAGAACUCUAAAAAAUGAUCCAGAUUCAAAAUUUGAAGAAUAUUAAAAAUUAUAUUUAAGAAAUAUAUAUUUUAUUAAUAAUUAAAAUAUGAAAAAACUUGCUUUUCAAAGUUAUAUGAAAUUCCACAGAGAUAGUGUUUCAGGUUUAUGUAAUUUUCCUGCAGUGCUUUUAAGUAUUGCUUAACUUGCACAUAAUUUAAUUUUGUUUGCAUUUGAAGAGCUGUCCUUCUAUGACUCAUUAUGAAAAAAAUCAAAAAUAAACUGACUUUGAAAAGAAAUUUUUUUUCUGUGUUAGGAAAGAGGGUUUGUUUUGAACUUCCUAGAAUUUCUGUUACAGUAAGAAUUGGUUAAAUAGUUUUUUUUUUGUUAUUUAAUUUAUAUUCUGUCCAAUCAAUGAA